AUGUUCUUUGUUGAGAAUUUAACGACAACGUACAACAAUGAGAUUAUCACAACAGAUGAACCGUUAGCAGCAAAUAGUACUCAGCAUGUUCUGUGCCAUUCGGCAUGUAACUUAUUCCUUCACCAAUCGUCUGAUGAUGAGAAAUUUACACCGAUAUUUCUCUUUUCUCUGGGCGUUGUUUUACUUGUUUCAGUACUUGCAAGCAGUUUUGUUGUUUUUUUCCGUUAUUAUCAAUAUUCACAACAGCAAGAAAAGAAGAGAAAAGAAUUUCUAAAGGAUGAAAAAACUUGGGCUCAUCCAUUCGAAGAUAUUCUUGUCGUUGUUGAUGAAAUCAAAUCAGUUGAAUUAACCGAAAUUCGUCCAACAACAAUCCCUACUUAA